UAAAAAGUCCAGCAUCUAAAGCUGAAACGUACCAACUUCCAAAACUCUAAUCUUAGAUGCUCUUGUGGGAAAAUAGUGGGGCUAUGGGUUUCCAUUCGAUGCUUGUGCUAGUCACCUGGGUUGGUGUGAUGUUAACAGCAAUAAUGGCAGCCGCAACAAUAGCAUAUCCAUUAGCCUUGACUAACUGCUCCGACAGCUGUGGGGAUGUAAAAAUUCCAUAUCCCUUUGGCACAACUGAAGGUUGUUACCGGAAUGAAAGUAGAAAUUUUCAUAUCAACUGUAACAAAUCGAACGGCCAACCUCAACCAAUGAUCGGAAACCUCGACAUUACAAACAUUUCCAUCGAAGGAGAGAUGGACAUCAUGAUGUAUAACUCCAUUAACUGUUACGACAAGUGGGGUAUGCCUCUGUCAAAUAACACGGAACCACUGCUCCAGGUCCCCAGUUUCACGGUUUCUGUCACCAAAAACAAGUUCGUGGCAGUUGGCUGUGACACUUACGCAUUCCUUAAUGGUAUUCUCAAAGAUGAACCGUUUACCACCGGCUGCCUGUCCAAAUGCAACAACACACACAAUAUUGUAAAUGGGAGUUGCUCUGGGAUUGGGUGUUGCCAGACAGAUAUUCCUGAAGGUUUGAAAGAAAUUGAUUUUGCAGCAUAUAGCUUUAAAAACCACAGUGAUGUCUGGUCUAUCAAUCCAUGCAGCUUUGCCUUUAUUAUCAAGAAAGACAAGUUCAGUUUCUCCUCAGCUUAUCUAACCAGUCUACAAAAAAAUGAAUCCUUUCCAAUGGUUCUUGAUUGGGCAAUUGGUAACGAGACGUGUGAAGUUGCUCGGAACAAAGGGAAUUACACAUGUGGAGCAAAUAGCAAUUGUAUAGAUCUCAAAAAUGGUCCUGCUUCAGGGUACCGUUGCAAGUGCAAGGAAGGUUACGAUGGGAACCCAUACCUCAAAGAUGGUUGCCAAGACAUUGACGAAUGCAACGAGAGAAAAAUAUGCCAGGGAAAUCAAACUUGUUUUAAUGAAGUCGGGAGUUAUCAUUGUUCGUGCAUCGAUGGAUACCAUAAGGCUGGAGGGGAAUGUGUUCCUAAUUCACCAGCUAUUUCGCCAUCCAGUCAACCAACUAGUCAAUCCUCACUAACAAUUUACCUCGCGGUUGGUAUCAGCAUAAUAAGCCUCUUAGUACUGCUUCUAGGAUGUUCUUGGAUAUAUUGGGGAUUGAAAAAAAGAAAGAUCAUCAAACUCAAAGAAAAAUUCUUCCAACAAAAUGGUGGCUUAUUGUUAAAACAGAAACUCUCUAAUCACCAAAUGUCUAUCGAGACAACCAAAAUCUUUACUACAGAAGAGCUCAAAAAGGCCACCAACAACUAUGACGAGAGUAGAGUCCUUGGCCAAGGAGGCUAUGGAACUGUGUAUAGAGGAGUAUUAUCAGAUAACACAGUAGUUGCCAUUAAGAAGUCCAAAAUUGGUGAUCAAAGCCAAAUCGAGCAAUUCAUAAAUGAAAUGAUUGUUCUUACCCAAAUUAACCAUAGGAAUGUGGUUAAGCUAUUUGGUUGUUGUCUAGAAACAGAAGUUCCCUUACUAGUUUAUGAAUUCAUCACAAAUGGGACUCUUUUCAAUCAUGUUCAUGAUAAAAGUCUAUCAUCCUUACUUUCAUGGGAGAAACGCCUGAAAAUUGCAACAGAAAUUGCAGAAGCACUUGCAUACUUGCAUUCGUCAACUUCUAUGUCAAUUAUACACAGAGAUGUGAAAACUGCGAAUAUACUAUUGGAUGACGAUUAUAUAGCAAAAGUGGCUGACUUUGGAGCUUCAAGGCUAGUUCCUUUUGAUCAAACACAAUUGAACACUUUGGUGCAAGGAACUUUGGGGUACUUAGACCCAGAAUACAUGCAAACUAGCCAACUAACAGAAAAAAGUGAUGUAUAUAGCUUUGGUGUUGUUAUGGCAGAGUUGUUAACAGGUAAGAAGGCACUUUCUUUUGAUAGGCCAGAAAUUGAUAGAAAUCUAGCAAUAUCUUUUGUUUUUGCUAUAAAAGAGGAUUGCCUACUUCAAAUUAUUGAAGAUCACAUUGUUAGUGAGGGUAAUAUUGAGCAGCUAAAGGAAAUUGCUAAUCUUUCAAAAAGGUGCCUAAGUUUGAGAGGGGAGGAUAGGCCUUUCAUGAAAGAAGUGGCAAAGGAGUUGGAGAGAUUGAGAACUAUGGAAAAAACUCCAUUGGGAAACAUUGAUGUCGAUGGAAAAAAGACUGAGUACUUGCUUAGUGCAACUAGUUACUCUUUCAACAUUGAUGUUGGCAUCGGUUGUUCUACUAGUACAACUGCUUAGUGUGAUAGCAUCAGAGAGCAAGUAUUGAAAUCUGUGGAAGAUGGGAGAUAAUUACUUAGUCCUCUGUAAUAAAUUUGUAUCAAUUGAUAGUUGAAUUUGAUAUGGUAUUAUAAUGAGCUACCUAAUUUUGAAGUAUGUAUUCAACUCACAAAGUUGGGAGUUUUAAAGUUGUUUGGAAGUGUAGUGAUUGUGUUUAUUUUGUAAGGUGUUUUGACUAUUGGAAGUGUAGUAAUCAUGGUAGUAGUUUUUUGUUAAGGACUGUUAUGUAUGUAUUAAUGGCAAAUAUGUAGGUUUCCUAAUUAA